UUCUAUAGAGCUGAUGAUGUAAUUGUGCAAACGGACAGUCUUUUAGCAACCAGGUCCUGAUAUUUCCAGCAAAAUUGGAAUCAGGCAAUAAAAAAUAAACCGGAACCGAUAAACCACUGCUGGAUCGUACCGAGAUAUAGAGGAUUUCCCCAGAGCUAUUCAUGCAGCAUAGAAGCUUUGAAAGUGGCCUCAACGGGUGGUCCCGGUUUUCCGGUGAUUUGCAAAAUAGAGCUCUUGUUCUACAUCCUGGAAAGAGAGUCAUAGAGGAAAGUACAGCUUGUGCCCGGAGCCCAUGAUUGGCAGACCAUAUUUCUGGGUAUGGUGUGGCUUGCCGAGCCUUUUCCUCCCUGCACAGUCUGAGAGUGGAGAGCAACCCGGGGAUGUUUUUCGCCUAAGAUUAGGCACCAGCGGGAGAGGAGGAAGCCCUCGGAUGAUGCGUGGUUUGCAAGCAGGAUUGGUCAUGUCGUGCACUGAACAGGCCCCACCUACUGCUUCAUAGUCUGAUAUUCACAGAUUUCACAGGAGUGGAUUGAAACCUCCCUUUCCAAAGGGCGGGAAGAAGUCCCAAAGAACCCAGGCAGAAGCCAUACAAGGAACAUCCACCAUGAGAACGAGCCUGGUGACUUGCUGGAUAGCAGUUCUGUUGAUGCUCCUGCUGACUGAUGACUCCCUUUCCAUAAAAUCAAGGGGCGGCAGCAGACCCAGUGGCGGCAGCAGACCCAGUGGCGGCAGCAGACCCAGUAGCGGCAGCAGACCCAGUGGCGGCAGCAGACCCAGUGGUGGCAGCAGACCCAGUGGCGGCAGCCAGCCCAGUGGUGGCAGCAGACCCAGUGGUGGCAGCAGACCCAGUGGUGGCAGCAGACCCAGUGGUGGUAGCCAGCCCAGUGGUGGAAGCAGACCCAGUGGUGGCAGCAAGCCUGGUUCCUCCCCAAUCAAACCUGAUUCAGCCCCCAUAAAACCAGGUUCCUCUCCAAUCAAACCUGGCUCCCCUGCAGGACACCCGGUUGAUCCCCCGUACAAUCCUUCUUAUCCACAAAACCCUGCUCACCCCCCACAAAACCCUGCUCGCCCCCCUCCAUACCAGCCACAAAACCCUGCUCACCCCCCUCCAUACCAACCACAAAACCCUGCUCACCCCCCACAAAACCCUGCUCAUCCCCCUCCAUACCAACCACAAAACCCUGCUCAUCCCCCUCCAUACCAACCACAAAACCCUGCUCAUCCCCCUCCAUACCAACCACAAAACCCUGCUCACCCUCCUCCAUACCAACCACAAAACCCUGCUCACCCUCCUCCAUACCAACCACAAAACCCUGCUCACCCUCCUCCAUACCAACCACAAAACCCUGCUCACCCUCCUCCAUACCAACCACAAAACCCUGCUCAUCCCCCACAAAAUCCUGCAUACCCCCCUCAAAACCCUGGUUACCCAUUAAAUCCUGGUUACCCUCCUCAAAACCCUGGUCGCCCACAAAACCCUGGUUACCCCCCACAAAAUCCCAGCUAUCCACAAAACCCUGGUCACCCCCCACAGUACCCUGGCCACUCCCCGCAAAAUCCUGGCUACCCCCCACAAUAUCCUGGUCAUUCACCACAACAUCCUGGUUAUCCCAUGAAUCCUGGCUUCCCCAGUCAUACAGGCGGAGGCAGCUGGGGCCAUUAUGACAGUAAGCCAUGGAAGCCUAAGAAACCGAAGACAAAGCAUCUGGUGGGAUCAGCUGUUGCAGGAGCUGCAGUAGGAGCUUUCGGCGGCUUUCUUUUAGGCAGUGCCAUGUCCAACCUGCAUUUUCGUUUUCGCAACCCUGCCGAGGAACGGUGGUGGUAUGAAAACCGAAAUCGUUACCCCGAUCAAGUUUACUACCCACGGUACGACCAGCCAGUUUUGAGGGAAGUGUUUCUGCGAGACUGUGUCAAUAUCACUGUGCGAGAGUACAUCGAGCCUACUGGAAACCAAACAGAAGAUGAGAUGGAAACCACGGUUGUGACUCGAGUGGUACAUGAGAUGUGCACAGAGCAGUACCGAUUGGUGUCAGGCGGUGCAGGCGGAGGUAGCCGGAGUCAUUAUGAUAGUGAACCAUGGAAACCUAAGAUACCCUUGUCCGAGAUGCCCCAAGUGGCAGAGAAAACUGUUACCGGUGCUCCUAAGGGCGCUAUUGUUGGCCCCCUCUUAGGGAAUUCCAUGUCAAAUAUGAGUUUUCAGUUUAACAACAGUGAUGAGGAACGGUGGUGGUACGAGAAUCGCAAUAACUUUUCAGACCGAGUUUACUAUCUGGAGUACAGCCAACCUGCUUCACAGAAUAGCUUUGUGAAUGAUUGCAUGAAUAUUACACUGGAGAAGUUUCUCGAGGCCAGUGGAAAUCAAACGGUCGAUGAGAUGGAAGACAGAGUUGUGAAGCAAGUGGUUCAUCAAAUGUGCACUAAACAGUACCUGCUGGUGUCAGGCAUUGCUGGGGAUGGUUCCUGGAACCAUCAUGGUAGUGAGCCAUGGAACUCGAAGACAGCUAAACCUGAGCUACACUAUGGGGAUGAGCAAGUUGCUCCACAUGUUACCGUUGCAGUUAUUGGUAGUAACCGCUUAGAAAGGGCCCCAUCUCACGCUGAUUUUAACAAGGCCAACGAGAAAAACAGCAAUUCAGGCAUUGGUAUUCUUCUGGCCAGCCCUUCCCUGCUCUGGAUCAAUACAUUCACUUUCUAUUUCCUGCUACACUGAAGUAACACGGAUGAAGUCUCAGUUGUUGUAAAUCUAGCCAACGUUCAGAAGGAACGAGAUCCAUGUUACGCGAUUACAUAGCAUUAUGUAAUGGCUCGCCUUGUAGUUCCUGUAACACUAUGUAAUGCAAAAAAAAAAUGUGUGUGGAGAACCUAUUUUUGCUUAUUCACCUUUUUGGUGGUGUAACUUUAUGAGCUAUUGUAUUUCUUGAGUUCUAGGGACCACCCAAGCUGCCACGUUUACUCCUUUUAAGGCUGGCUGAUCCUGUAUCUCACAACACAAAAAAGCUUGAUAGGGAAGAAGGCAUAUUAUUAUCCAGGGGGGAAAUGUAAAUCCUAAUCUACUCAUUUUCAUAGAUAGUAGAGCAUCUUAUAACAUAAUGUAAACAUGAGAACAUAAUGACUUCAUUCUGAAACACAGAUCCUUUUCAAGUUACCUUCAAACAGUGUCAAGCUGUUAUAGUGCUUUCCCCCAUUUUACUGUAUACCAAGGUCUGACUGUAAGACAGCUGGUAUAGUAACAGUGUGAGGAUCGAAUCUAGGAAAGUCAGGCUCAGAUACCUACUCGCUGCCUCAGGCUACCUAGCUUUAGCCAUUUUCCGUCAGUGUAGGCCACCUUGUAGAGUUGUGAAGAUAAAAUGGAGAUGAGGAGAAGCCAUGUACACCUCUCUGAGUUCCUUGUAGGAAGGGCAGGAUGAAUACGUGCUCGAGUUAAAAGAAAGAAUCUCUAAAUCUAAAUUAGCUUCCCUGUCUUCUAACAUGUAAUAUGUGUGGAGGCCAAGAAGUGAAAAUAACCUGCAUUUAUGUGCUCCUCACAUGAAGGACAACAUGCUAGCUGCAAUGAUAUGCAUGAACAAGCCACACGCUGAGAACAUACAACUGUCCAUAGUUCUUGUCUUGUUCUUUUUAUUAGAAAACACUUUCAGUUACAUAUCUUGGCAUGUGGAUUACUCAGGAACGAGAUAUGACCAGUUGAUGUACUCAUGGAAAAGUUACAUUAUAGUGUUUGUGUGUAAAGUGCUGUCAAAUGGCAGCUAACUUACGGCACCCCCUUGUAGGGUUUUCAAAGCAGGAGACUAACAGGUGGUUUGCUAUUGCCUUCCAAUACAUAGCAACCCAGGUAUUCUUUGGUGGUCUCCUAUUCAAAUACUAACUAGGGUGACCCUGCUCAAUUUCCAAGAUCUGAUGAGAUAGGCUAGACUGGGCCAUCCAGGUUAGGGCAAAAGAUGUUGCUAGAUCUUUCUACAUAGACUGGUCUAAAACUUAUGAGUAGGAAGAAAUUCCGUCGUUAAAAUGAAUAUAUCACUCAGGAUGUGCCAUUUUAUUGAAAAGCCCAAUGCAUGACUCUUUCCCCUCUUUCCCAUUUACGGUUUUUGCACUGAGGCAAAAUGAGGUGAUAGAUGCUGGGAUACAAAUGCACUAAAUAAAGGAAUCAAUCUACUGUUCCCUUCUGCUCAGUGAUGAAUGUUCCAUUGGGGGAAGGAAGAUUUUCCACGGUGGCUCCGCAUUCCACACAAAUCAAGAGGACAUACCCUUACAUUAAAGGAUAUGGUAAAGAAACUAUGCCAGGCCACUAGAAUUUCUAAUAUAGAUAACUGCUGCUGGAACAGAGAAAAAUAUGAAAUAUACAUUGUGGAAUUAUUAAAAAAAUGAAACAAUG